GACAAACUUGUUGCUGAGACCGUCCUGAUGGGUAAGAGGAAGGUGAUUCUUGAUGUGGACACAGGGGUGGAUGAUGCUCAGGCCAUCAUGAUCGCCCUCGCAGCCCCUAACGUGGAGAUCUUGGGGAUCACCUGCACACAUGGCAACACAGGAGUGGAAAACGCCUGCAAGAACACACUCCGUGUCCUCAAAACCUGCAACAGGCUGGAUAUCCCGGUGUACCGCGGCUGUGCAGAGCCUCUGCUGGCACGAAAACGCCAUGCAGGAGAUUUUCACGGAAAGGAUGGACUUGGCGACGCCCCGGAUCCAGACGCUCCUGGCCUGGAGCUGCUGCAGAAAAGAAAAGCUUCACAGGCCAUCGUCAAGAUGGUCAACCAAAACCCUGGAGAGGUGGUUCUGGUUGCUACAGCACCACUCACUAACCUGGCUGUUGCUGUGCAAACCAACCCUCACUUCCAUAAGAACCUGAAGGGACUCUACAUCAUGGGAGGAAACACUGAAUCCAGAGGAAACACCACAGUGUGUGGAGAGUUUAACUUCGUGGCUGACCCUGAGGCGGCCUACGUCGUGUUGGACCGCUACACCUGCCCCACCUACAUCGCCACCUGGGAGUUCAGCUGCAGGAACAGCCUGCCGUGGUCUUUCUGCGACACUUGGCUGGCCCAGGACACAGAGAAGGCUCGCUUCAUGGAGAAGAUUUACAGCCACACCAGGAAGAUGGUCCAGACUGACCGGUAUCAGAAGGAGCUGGUGUCAGGACCCGGGUUCAACUCCUGCGACACUUAUGCUUUGGCCGCAGCCAUCGACGACGAUCUGUUGACGGAGAGUGAAGAGGUUGCAGUGACGGUAGAGUUGGAGGGGACCCACACCCGAGGCAUGAUGGUCCUGGACUACUUGGGCCUGCUGAAGAAGAAACACAAGGUCGUCAUCAUGAAGAAAAUUGAUCAGGAGAAGUUCAAACAGUUGUUGAUGAAUGCACUGAAAUAGCCUGACAUCUCUGAGCCAGACAGAUUUUAUAUACCACUCUUUCGUAAUAAUUCCAAAUUACCAUUGAGUAUUUUUGGUUUCUGGGCUUCUAUAAUAUCCUAAGAACCACAUUUUUUAAUGUCAGGGAUGUUUUUGUUACAUUACUGAUUGUUUUUUUUUCUGCCUGCAACGAUCAAAUAAUGAAAGAUAACAAAUUAAUUAAUUAAUUUAAUCUUGAAAUCAUCAUCUGUGAACAGUAUAUGCAUGUACAAAACUUCAAUGUAUUUUACUGCUUCUUUCUCAAAAUAAAUUCAAAUAAAUGAGCUG